AUGGAGUUUAAUGGUGAGAUUAUUAGGAGUUUGUAUGAUUGUAUCAAUAGGUUGUUGGGAGAUUUGGAGAUGGAGAAGAUUGUUCACAAGGAGUUGGCUCACUAUAAAGUUGCGAGUGGUAUGUUUGGGUCCACAACUGCUAUAGUAAUGAGGGUUGAAGUUGCACCGGCUCAAUGGUGGCGGAUGUAUGGUUUAGAUACUCCAUAUUUGCAACAACUUGCAAUAAGGAUCCUUAGCUUGACAUGUAGUGCUUCGGGUUGUGAACGUAAUUGGAGCAUCUUUGAGCAAGUUCAUACUAAGAGAAGGAAUAGACUCGAGCAUAAAAGACUACAUGACUUGGUAUUUGUCAAGUAUAAUCAAGCACUCCAUCAGAGGGAAGAAGGUGAAGAUGAGAGGGUUCAUGAAGGAGAUGAUGACUUUACUUGGAGACAAGUUUAUCAAGCUUCGGGACUUGAUGAGCCUAAACAACACACUGGGCGUCAUAAAAAGAGAGAAGCAAGUGGAGAGGGGCAGGUAGGAACAUCUACUAAUCCUUGUAAAAGAGCCAAAAGAUUAUCUUCAAAGAACAUGGGGAAAAGGGUUGAAGAAUUUGAGGCAUCAAAAGAUUCUAGCACUAGUAGUGAGGAGGAGGAAUUAGUUCCAAAUGCUAAUUUCAUACAUUCAAAUAGAGCAGAAGCUAAAGGAUUUUGA